GGUGUCGAAGAACGUAGAAGAUUAGCGAUGAUAGCCCCAAUAGUGCAUUACAACCACAACAAUGUAGUGCAUCCUCCAAAUUAUGGAGCCAACAUUUUGGCCAAUACUUGGACCAACGAUCCUUUAAGUGCUGACACAUUGUUGAGGGAUUAUGGUUCCAACUCCACUCAACAAAUAAGGCUGGACCCAUCAAUCUCGAGGACAAAUGGUGGAGAAGUGAUGGCACAAUAUCGUCGUACUAGAUUCCAUUACAAUCCACCUAUUUCAACAAUGGUGAAUACUGAGUCAAGGUACCGAAGACGUGAAGAAAUUACAUCCGCAAGCACAAAUAGGACGGGAUACAAUUCACUCCCGUCUAACGGGUCAUAUAACGGCCCGUCUUUAGAGCUUACACUUACGACAAACCCGAGUGAAGAUCGAUCCCAAGAGGAGCAAAAUGGAAGGCAUGAGGAUCGCUCGGGUCAUGGAACAAAUUUAGGUUUCAGGUACUCUUAG